GACACCCCUGGAAGGCAACAGCGGGGCCUGCAGAUGCUCUUCUCCAGCCGGAGCUGGGACUGUUCAGGCUAUUGGAGGCGGGAUGUGGGCCUGAGCGCUUGGUUGCAGAAACUUCGGGGUCUACAAAUGCCGGCAGGAGCUGAGCCAAAAGAGCUUGUUUGCUGGGAGGCAGGAGCUGGGCCGGGAGAUUCAGCCAGGAGGAACAGCUGGGCCUGCAGAGGCCGCCAUGCGGGAGACAGAGGCUGGGCCUCCUCAAGUCGGCCUCUCCAGACCCACUUGCAGCCUCCCGGCGUCCUCUCCGGGCCCAGCUCUUCCUCCCGGCUGCGUCUCCAGGCCCGACUCUGGCCUCCCAACAACGUCUUUGGACUCAGCUCCUGCCCAGCUCCCAGCGGCCCUGGUAGGCCCACAACUUCCCGAAGCCAAGUUCCCCAGGCCCAGGUCAGGCCUCACGGUGGCCUCUCCAGGCUCAGCUCCUGCCCUCCGAUGGCAUCUGCAGGCCCCAAACGGCCUCCGGUCGGUGGGCUCCUCUAGGCCCAACUUGGGCCUCCCGGCGGCCUCUGCAGGCCCAAAUCGUCCCGAAGUCGGCCUCUCCAGGCCCAGCUUGGGCCUCCCGGCGGCCUCUGCAGGCCCAAGUCAUCCUCAAAUCGGCCUGGAAUUGGGCCUGGAAGAGCAGCAAGUCGGCCUCCCCGGGCCCAGCUCCAUCCUCUCGGCGGCCUCUCCAGGUGCAAAACUUCCUCGAGUCAGCCUCUCCAGGCCCAGCUCCUCCUGCCUCCCAGUGGCCUCUUUCAGCCCAGCCCAGCUCAUGGCUCUCGGCGGCCUUCCCAGGCCCCGCUUUUGACUUUUGGCGGCCUCUUCAGGCCCAGAACUUGACCUCCAGUGGGCUUUUGCAGGCCCGGCCUCCUGCCUCUCGAAGGCCUGCACGGGCCCGGCCUCGGCCUCGGCCUCACAGCGGACUCUCCACGCCCAGCUAGCUCUCGCCUCACUGCGGCCUCCCAAGUCCAAAGCUCCUGCCUCUCGGCCGCUUCGGCAGGUCCAGCUCCUGCCUGCCAGUGGCCUCUUUAGGCCCAGCUCAUUCCUCACAAUGGCCUUCCCAGGCCCCGUUUUUCCCUUCCGGCAGCCUCUUGGCCUUAAUUUGUUUAUCUUUUGUGUAUAAAUCCCAAAAUAUUGAAUUUUGGAAUAUUUCCACCAUUAUAUAAAUAUUUUGUUCGGUAAUUUAUUUGGAGUGAGUUUCUGCACCAUGCCCGAAUUUUUUAUUUUAUUUUCCUUAUUAUUUGGUGUUAAACAGGUUUAAUGACGGUCAUGGCAACUUUUUGGCACAAUGAAAAAUAUCGCCCAUGA